CGGAGGGGAAACUACUCGGGGCGAGAGGACCGGACGUGACAGUCAAGAUCGAGAUGGCGUCGCUUCUUUCCAGCCUGCUCUCCAUCGUGUCCGUUGCUCUCCUCUGCCCGGCAAGAUCUGCCCCUUUUCCCUCUUCUCAUGACCCAGCCUUUCAGCCCGUGACGCCCUUCAGGUCACGCCUUCAGUCAGCAUGGCCACUCAGAUCUCCACGCGAAGCAGCGCGGCAAUGGGCGUCGCCACUGCGGAUGGCGAUGGAGCGGACGUACAUCAUGGUCAAGCCCGACGGCGUGCAGAGGAAGGUGGUCGGGGACAUUGUCGGCAGAUUUGAGUCGAAAGGGUGAGAGGGAGGCAACACACACACACUUGAGCGAGUGAUAAGAUCACGUUUUGCAUGCGGUCUGUGGCGGGCAGGUAUCAGUUGGUGGGGAUGAAGAUGGUGCAGCCCGACCGGUCUUUGCUCGAGGACCACUACGACUCCCUCAAAGAGAAGCCCUUCUUCCCCAAACUGAUGGACUAUAUGAGCAGCGGGCCCGUCAUCGCUAUGGUCUGGUCGGGCAAGGACGUCGUUGCCACAGGUACACGUGACACAACAGAUCACACAGACGGACACAGCGGCUUAUUCACCGUCUGUUGUGUGUCGGUCUGCUCGUUGUCCCUCCAGGUCGCAAGAUGCUGGGCGCGACCAACCCCUUGGACAGCGCGCCCGGCACCAUUCGCGGCGACUACGCCAUCGAUGUGGGUCGGAACAUCAUCCACGGCAGCGACAGUGUGGAGAGCGCUGAGCGCGAGAUCGGCCUGUGGUUCACCGAUGACGAGCUCAUGAGCUGGCAAGACCACUCACACGACUGGGUCUAUGAGUGAAUCGUGCAUGCGUGUGUGCGUGCCGGUAGUGUGGUGCCUGUGCCGGUGAUGGGUGUGUGACAACUGUAUAGCGUGUAGGCCCCCAUACACAACGCGUGUAUGACCGAUGGAUGGAUGGAUGGAUGGAUGGAUGGAUGGGCUGCGCGAUGCGCUCGCCC